AACAGCAGCAGCGCCUGCGCGCUCAGGAGCCGCCGCCGCCUCCGCAGCCUGGGAGAGAGACCGGAUCCGCCGCCGCAUCCUCCUCCUCCCCCACCGCUUCCCCGCGGCCGCCCGCGGUCGGGACGGCCAGGCGCAAGAGGAAGCGGCGGUCGGAGGGAAGAUGAAAUAAAACCUGACCCAUUUUUAAGAGGAGAAACGUCCAAACAAGAUUAUAGACCUUGGAACCACUUCAGUCAAGUGCAGCCACUGAUCACGAGAUGUUACCACAAAAUCUACCUCAGACUUCACUUUUGUUCAUUAAUUUGCUGCGUCAUAGAUCUCAACGGAAGCUCUGCAGACACUCUUGAAAGUCUCUGAACAGAUUGGGACAUCGAGUCAAAGCAUGAUGACCUAAUAGGAGGUCAAAGUCUCAAACAUUGAUUCAGCAGUUCAAGAUAACACUGCCCUUUUUAUCAGUAUCACUUCUGAAGGCUACAGACCUCCUGCCAUUUCUUUCCUGGCUACUUCAGAAACUCUCAACUGACCUUUCUUUGGUGAAGAUAUCUUGACUUUUCUCUCUGGUCCUGGAAAUAUUAAUGGAAUACAGUCAUGUCUACCCAGGACGAGAGGCAGAUAAAUACAGAGUAUGCUGUAUCCUUGCUGGAGCAGUUAAAAUUCUUUUAUGAACAGCAGUUGCUAACUGACAUAGUGUUGAUUGUUGAGGGCACUGAAUUUCCGUGCCAUAAGAUGGUUCUUGCAACGUGCAGCUCAUAUUUCAGAGCAAUGUUCAUGAGCGGGCUGAGCGAGAGCAAACAGACACACGUACACCUGAGGAACGUGGAUGCAGCCACUCUGCAGAUCAUCAUCACUUACGCAUACACGGGUAACCUGGCAAUAAGCGACAGCACAGUAGAGCAGCUCUAUGAAACUGCCUGCUUCUUACAGGUAGAUGAUGUGUUACAACGAUGUAGAGAAUACUUAAUCAAAAAGAUUAAUGCAGAAAAUUGUGUGCGUCUCUUAAGUUUUGCUGAUCUCUUCAGCUGUGAAGAGUUAAAACAGAGUGCUAAAAGAAUGGUGGAGCACAAGUUCACAGCUGUGUACCACCAGGAGGCUUUCAUGCAGUUGUCACAUGACCUACUGAUAGAUAUUUUAAGCAGUGACAAUUUAAAUGUGGAAAAGGAGGAGACAGUGCGUGAGGCCGCUAUGUUAUGGCUGGAGUACAACACGGAAUCACGCUCGCAGUAUUUGUCCUCUGUUCUUAGCCAAAUCCGGAUCGAUGCACUUUCAGAGGUAACACAGAGAGCCUGGUUUCAAGGCUUGCCACCUAAUGAUAAAUCAGUGGUGGUGCAAGGACUGUACAAAUCGAUGCCCAAAUUUUUCAAGCCCAGACUUGGCAUGACAAAAGAGGAGAUGAUGAUAUUCAUUGAAGCUGCUGCUGAAAACCCUGGUAGUCUUUACUCUUCUGUCUGUUACAGCCCACAGGCAGAGAAAGUUUACAAACUCUGCAACCCUCCCGCUGACUUGCAUAAGGUUGGGACACUGGUGACUCCCGAUAAUGACAUCUAUAUAGCAGGUGGGCAAGUUCCUCUGAAGAACACAAAAACCAAUCACAGUAAAAGCAGCAAACUCCAGGCUGCCUUCAGAACUGUGAAUUGUUUUUACUGGUUUGAUGCGCAGCAGAACACUUGGUUCCCCAAGACGCCGAUGCUCUUUGUGCGCAUCAAGCCGUCCCUGGUGUGCUGUGAAGGAUACAUCUAUGCAAUCGGGGGGGACAGCGUCGGCGGGGAGCUCAACAGGAGGACUGUGGAGAGGUACGACACCGAGAAGGACGAGUGGACCAUGGUCAGCCCCCUGCCCUGCGCGUGGCAGUGGAGCACGGCCGUGGCGGUUCACAACUGCAUCUACGUCAUGGCACACAACUUGAUGUACUGCUACUUCCCCCGCUCGGACGCCUGGGUGGAGAUGGCGAUGCGACAAACAAGCAGAUGUUUCGCCUCAGCUGCUGCUUUUGGCGAUAAGAUAUUCUAUAUCGGAGGACUGCAUAUUGCCAGCAAUUCUGGCAUAAGGCUCCCCAGCAGUACUGUGGAUGGGUCUUCUGUAACCGUGGAGAUCUACGACGUGAAUAAAAACGAAUGGAGGAUGGCAGCCAACAUCCCUGCCAAGCGCUAUUCCGACCCGUGCGUCAGGGCCGUUGUCAUCUCCAAUUCCUUAUGUGUCUUUAUACGGGAGACCCACAUGAACGAGAGAGCCAAGUAUGCCACCUAUCAGUACGACCUGGAACUCGACCGCUGGUUCCUGAGGCAGCACAUAUCAGAACGCGUGCUGUGGGACUUGGGGAAAGACUUCCGGUGCACUGUAGGAAAGCUGUAUCCAUCUUGCCUUGAAGAGUCCCCGUGGAAACCUCCAACUUAUCUGUUCUCACCCGAUGGAGCUGAUGAAUUUGAGCUGGAUGGGGAGAUGGUUACUUUACCACCUGUAUAGCUCCCAAAUUAGACUGCGCAACUGAGUCUGUGCUCAGUUAUAAAAUAAUAAAAGAAAUAAAUGGCUGUGAAAGAACAGGUCUGGGGAUGGAAAUCUCAGAGCUGUCUUUCAUGAAUUGUAUUUUUAUGCCCUACCUAACACUUGCCGCCAUUCAGUAUGAAUUAGUGAAAUGAGCAGAUAUGCUUCCAUAAUCUCAAAUACUAUUAUCAGAUAAUUGAGAAAAAUAUAUGUAUAUCAUGAGCUUGAGCAUCUGACUAGUCUAAAGAAUUAAUUCUAGUUCUAUAAAGUCUCGGUUCAGGAAAAUUAGCUUCAGAAAAAAGUAGAUAUUGUUUCUAGGAUGAUGUCACAACUCUUUUGAAAGUAUCUUCCAGUUACAUUUGAACUACUUCUGGAUAUUCUACUUAAGUGCUAGUUAUAUAAUUGUCAGUGUGGCCUAAUUAAAGGACUGUGCUGCACUUACUAAAUACUAAUAUCUAUGUUGGUAUAGUAAUGCCAUUAAAAGAAAAAGAAACAAAUCCCAUGGAUCUACCUGUGGUAGGAAGGGUAGAUCUUCCAUUGUAUGGUAACAUGCUGGGUAAAAUGACUGCAGGUUCAGUCAAGCUGUAUGAUGAGGUGCAUGUAUUCUAUUUUCACUAACUUAUACCUGUCUAUUUAGAAUACAGGUCUUCCAAGCAGCUGGUAGGUUACCAGGUGUGGACUUAAGUUGCUGGGCUUGCAAUAGGAAUUGCCAGCCCUCAUAGUGCGGGUCUAUGUGGGGCUUUAAUCAGUAAACGCCUCCACAUUCUGUAUUACAGUAACAUUGGCUCAUGUAUAUUACUUCCUGCUGCUGAUGUAUUUUUCCAUUGUAAAACAAAGUUUUAGUGUGGAUUAACCAGGUCUUUAUUUUCUGUUAAUUUAAUAACAAGCAUUACUGUAGUGUGAUUGUGUAUAGAUAUCCCUUAGCUGUCAGGUUUUUUACUUUGGGGGGGGAAAAGCAAACUUCAGGAAUAUCCUGUGCUGUGUGUGCAGGAGAGCAGAUGCCUAGUGCUGCUCUGGCAUUAAUCCCAGGAACCACUAGCAGUAGCGGGGUGCCGCCAACCUAACAUGAACACAGGUGCUUCAUGACAAACCUUACUAGCAUGUUCAGCUGCAUCAUGUUCUGGCACUGUAUUUUGAAUGACAUUAAUUUAUUAAAAAAGACUGAAUCCAA